CGGAGAAUUAAUGGAGACACAUCCAGAUAGGAAUCAGAAGGGUAACCCAAGAAAAUAUUCCUCAGACUUUCAGAAUAAUAAUGAUAGAAAAUUUAAAGGAAAAUAUUUCAAUUCUAAUCAAAAUAGCCAAUUUGUUCAUAAAAAUGAAGGAAGAAAGUUUAAUUAUAACACUGAUAGAGGCACAGUACAAGAUGCAAGACGCAAUUAUUCUACCAAGAGAUUUCACCCCAAUCAGCACGGAGGUGACAAAGGCCAUUACUUCCAUAAGAGUAACUCCAGAGGAGGCUAUGACCACUUUAGCUCAAGAAAUCACCGGAAGAGACCCUACCACUCUCGUCACCAUCAUAAACAUGACCGGAAGUUUUACAAGCCAAAGCCCAAUCAUAAGUUUAACUUCCACUCCAAGCCGUUCGACCACAAGAACGACAGACAACACGGCUUCAAGGCACCCAGAAAGCUAACGAUCCAAGAACAAAAGAAGAGACACCUCAAGAACCUCAGAAAAGCCGCUGCUGAAGUCAGUCUCAAAGACCCAGCAGCCUUCGUGUACAAGCCUGGAAUGAUCGGACUGCUGAGACCAGAUACUCCACGGAACACAAACGAGUUCUUGAUCAACGACCACAUGAAGAACCACCCCAGACAAGACCCACUUGCUGAACUCAACACUAAGGGCGAGCGAGACUGCUACUCCAUGAUCAACCCAGAGUCGAAGAUGAGCCAGUUCGUCAGAGAAAACGGAGUGCGGACGCCAGAGCCCAGGUGUUCGCCGUUGAGCACACCCUACAAUCCCCAUAUGUGAGGUCCCAGCCACUUCAGCGACAUUGACGACUACUACGAGCAAUUCGAGCAGGUCAGCGGAACCAUGGAGCGUCUGGUCAACCACGAAACAGUCGGCAUGUUCGACACUUCAGACCCUCCAGCACCCAGCCUUGAGACUGGCGACCAGAAGAGAGCUAUCAUCUGACAUGAAGAAGAAAAGGGCCUCGAUCUUAGAGAACCCUAUGAAGACCAAGGGGACCAUGACGACCAUGAAGACAAGCACCUGUGUGAAUGAGGCUACCAGAAGUUGUAUGAAGAGUCUGUGCAGCGGAUCAGAGUGCUCGAGAGGAUGCUUAGGUUCAGCAACGAAGCAGUUGAAAGACUCAGGAAAACCCACAACAACGAAUAAGCACAUAAAUGGAUGAAGGUGAGGACCAGUUCAAGUUUGCUUGGAGCCGUGGCAGAUCUCAUAAUUUUGAAUCAGAAAAUUUUCAACUUCUUCAUCAUCUAUUUAACCAUUUUCUACAAUAC